UGUGUUGCAAUCUUUCUAGAAAAAAUAUUCAGACCCACGUUCUUCAUAAGUUUUAUCUGACGCUGUAGAUCACAGAGUGAGACAAAUAUGAAAACGAUCUUCUUGCUUAUCUUGUUAUGCUCUUUUAGAAAAUCGACAGCCAGUCACUGGAUGCAGUAUGUCACUGCCAUCACACCAGAAAUCAACUCCACAGUUGGUAAACUGGAUGAUGAGCAGUUUGUGUGCUACCGAAGUACAAAGGUGAUAUCAAAAGCUCAGUGGAUAGAGCACAUUGAUAAUGAUGUCCCAGAUUACUGGGAAAAUGAGAAGAACCGCAUGUGGGGUGAAAAUGAGGACCUGCAACAUCAUCUAAAUCAAAUAGUGGAACACUUUCAUGAUAUUAAAGGUAAUCAUACACUACACAGGAUGCAUAGAUGUGAACUUGAUGAUAACGGCACCCAGAAAGGUUUCAUUAAAUUCUAUUACGAUUGGCAAGAUUUCAUCGUUCUGAAUCUGGCUAAUGGAAACUGGACUGCAGCUAAUGACGGAGCUGAGAGCUUUUUAAAGAACUGGGAAUCUGCCAUACAUGAGUCCAAUCACUGGAAGCACCACCUGAACACCUGCAUUAAAUGGUUAAGGCUGUUGCUGGAAUGGAAAGCCAGUCACAUGCUGCAAAACAUCACUCCCAUCACACCAGCAAUCAACUCUACAAGUGGUCAACUGGUUGCUGAUGUGCAGUUGCUGCUGUUGUGCACAAACGCCACAAAGUUCCCAGAGACUGAUGCUGGUAAAGGAUCAGAUGGAAGACCAGAUUUGCCGUUAACCACUAUCUUUGGUGUCAUCGUUCUUGUUGUUGUCGCUGCUGCUGCUGCUGCCUUUUGCUGCAUGAAGUGGAAGAUGAAAAAUGGAGACAUUCCAUUGAAAGAUUAUUUACAGAACGUGAAUUUUAACAACUGUCCUUUCAAGACCCGUCUUUCAGACUUCACAGCUGUUCCAGUUGAACCCUCCUUUGAAGAUUGAAGCUAUCAUCCACUGCUAUUUCUGUUCAUUAGUGUCCAUUUGAAGUAACUUAGUUUAUCAGGAGUAGGUGAUUUAAUCAUGUGUCUUAAAGAUGAAGGUUUUUAUUAUGAAACUUGAAACGUUUCUUUACUGCAUCAGUAGUGAAUGUGUGAGGUCCUGACAUCCUGAGGUCAGUAUUUUGGCAGUAGGUGAGAGAAAUAACUAAAACAAUUAGUAUUCACACUCAUUGUCACUGUUAUCAUGCCGGUAUAGUAGGUUCGUUGGUGUGCAAUUACCGACUUCCACUGACAUGGUAGUUGUCCACCACUGACAUGGUGUGUGUGUGUGUUUUGCUGGUUCAAAUCUAGGCAAAAAGUAAAAACUUUGGAUCGUUUGGAUUUGAUUAUCCACACGUUUGCUACAGAUGCAGUACAUAGAGUUUGAAUGUUAGACUGAAUUUUUUUUUUUUUUUAAACCUUAGAGUUUUCUGUGAAAAUGUGUUUGCCACUGUGCUGCCUGUUCUGCUGUUGUGUACAAGUGGAUCAGGUACAGCAGUAUUUGCUGAUAUGAAUAAGAAAUUUUUUUUGCUGUUUUACGGCAGAUUAUUUAAUGCCUUUUUGUAACGGUUUUGACUAUAUGAAAUGUGAUAUGAAUGGAUCAAGUGACACUGCACUGAGUACAUGAAUUAUUGUUCACUUCAUUAAGGACAAGUUUACAUAUAUUUACUAAUGUUUUUACUGUAUAUUGAAAAUGAAGUGACAUUUAUGUAUUUAUAAACCAGGACAUUUCUCUGAGUGCAAAUGUUUGCAUAACCUCAAUGAUAACAUUUUUCAGAUAAGAGUUUUUAGGACUUUUUCCCCAAUUUCUUUUCCCCAAUUUACUGCCAAUUCCCAAAUCACCAGCCUCCUCUAUGCUAUUAUAUAACAACUAUCAACAGGAGCUCACAGAAAUCCAAGAUUACUUUUGAAACUAGUUGUAACCCACCAUGAUUCCUCUCCAGUCAGUGUUGGACUAAGACAAUAAUUCAGGCAUGGAAUUUGACUCCAUCCCAGGCCACCUUC